CUUCGAAACUAUCGUUUAUUAUUGCAUUACAGACGCUUCUGCUUAAAUGAUUUCGAGGUCGGUCGUCCUCUGGGGAAAGGCAAAUUCGGUUCAGUUUACUUAGCUCGAGUGAAGGAAAAUAGGUUUCUUGUCGCUUUGAAAGUUUUAUUCAAAAGCCAGUUAACAAAGAGCAAUGUUGAGCAUCAACUACGAAGAGAAAUCGAAAUUCAAGGACACUUGAGGCAUCCAAACAUUCUACGGAUGUACACCUAUUUCUGGGAUGAGAAGAGAAUCUACUUGGUACUAGAAUAUGCUCCGGGAGGAGAAAUGUACAAAUUCCUCAAAAAGAAAGGUCGAUUUGAUGAAACUACUGCUGCUGUGUUCAUGUUCCAAAUGGCAGAUGCUCUGAAAUAUUGUCAUGAGAAGAAAGUUAUUCACAGAGACAUUAAGCCAGAGAAUUUACUGAUCGGUGAUAACGGAGAGUUGAAAAUAGCCGAUUUCGGUUGGAGUGUACAUGCACCAAAACAGAAACGUCAAACGAUGUGUGGCACUUUGGACUACUUGCCACCGGAAAUGGUCACAGGCGAAGAGCACCGUGAACAUGUGGAUAUCUGGUCUCUGGGCGUACUCUGUUAUGAGUUUCUAGUUGGCACUCCUCCAUUUGAACACGAAGACUCUGCUAGUACUUAUAAAGCCAUUCGUAAUGUGCGCUAUACAUUCCCUGCCUACGUGUCAAGCGGUGCGCGGGAUCUCAUCAAUAAACUUCUUCAACGACGACCACAAGAAAGGCUAUCAUUAGAUAAUGUGAGCAUACCUAAGAAUAACAUUUUUUUUGACCAUUAA